CGCCCACGUUCGCAGAGCGUUCGCAUGGUGCGCGGCGGCGCGAGCUCCGCUUCCGUGGGAUUCGAACCCGAGCGGUUCCAGCGGGGUCUCCGCCCCUCCGUCAGCGCGCCUCGCUCGCGGCAGGAAGCGGGACUCCUCCUCCCGCGAGACAUAAGAGCGUAGAAGGAAAGCAAAUAAAAGGAAAGCGGAGAAGAAAAGUUGUGAAAGUUUUUUUUUUUUUUCUUCUUGUUGCUGCUGGACGCACGAGUGGAGCUGUCGCGCUCGUCUCGCGCUCACGGGCAGCCGCCCCUCCGGGUUACGGCUCUUGGCUUGCUCGCUGUUGGGUCCGGACCCAUCGCCGGGCUUGGCGGGAGGAGGGGGACGGAGCGGAGAGGCACAGCGGCCCGACGGGUGACGCACUGACAGGUGACGGAGAUGCGCGCGCGGGCGCUCUUUGCCACGCUCUCCGUCCUCGUGUCCGUGCGCGAGGUCCUCGGAGCCCAGGACGCGUCUCUGAGAGCCUUGAGAGCUUCCAACAGCCGCAGAGAUGACCUGUACCGGAAGGAGGAGACGGUCGCCGUGUCCACGGGGGGUCACAUCCAGAGCCCGCGCUACCCGGGCGGCUACCCCCGCAACGUGCUGCUCUCCUGGAAACUCGUCUCGCCGCUCAACACCCGCAUCCAGCUGGACUUCGACAGCCACUUUGGUCUGGAGGAGCCCGAGAACGACGUGUGCAGGUAUGACUUUGUCGAGGUGGAGGACAUAUCCGAGAGCAGCACUGCUAUCCGGGGCAGGUGGUGUGGCCAAAAAGAGGUCCCGCCCCGAAUAACGUCCAAGAGCCACACGGUCAAGGUCACGUUCAAGUCCGACGACUACUUUGUGGUCAAGCCUGGGUUCAAGCUCUACUACUCCCUUGUGGACGACUCCCCGCCCCCUCCGUCAGAGACCAACUGGGAAGCUGUGACCAUCCCUGUGUCGGGCCCGGCCGGUCUCAGUCCUCCGAUGACGGACGCCCCCCUGACCGCCGCCGCCCUGGACGAGACCAUCGCCGCCUUCGACACGGUGGAGGAGCUGCUGCGGCACCUGAAUCCGGAAACCUGGCAGGAGGACCUGGAGAGCAUCUACAAGGAGACGGGACACUACCGACCGCGAACGUUCCACCACGACCGCAAGCACAAAAGCCUCAGUUUGCUGGAUCACAGCCCCUUCGGUCGAGGGAAAAAACAGGAAACAUCCCAAGUUAUGUUUAGUGACCCAGAAUGGAAUGAGUUCAAGGCCUCUGGCGGCCCUGCGGCGGGUCCUGGCGCUGGGUCGGUAAACAGCUGAGGUCGCCCGCAACAGAAGAGCCGCCACGGGUCGGAGCGCCAGGCGAACGUUCAGCUCUAAGUGGAAGUUGAACCUGAGCAGCCAUCCAGAAACGUGUGUCUGCAGGGAGUUCGAACCCGAGCGCAAUUCGCGAACUACGGCAGAAAAACCGCGCAGCGGAUCGCAGCUUCGGGUCGGACGUUCGGACCUUAAGUCGACCGUCGCCAUCGGUAACUCGCUCACGUUCGUUCUCACGUCGAAAGGGAGUCGGACCGAAUCUCUCCUUGGCUGCUGGGAAAUGAGAAGAGUACCGAGUAGCACUGGUGCCUCAUAGUGCCCGGGCUGCGCAUUAGGACAUAGGUUUGAAUCCCUCUCAGGGUGUGCGCGGCUUACACGUUGUCUCCGUGUUCGCAACCCAAAGAUGUCCGGAAAAGGCCGCGGUAAAGCACUUCCGUCGCCCUACAAUACUUUCUGAACUCACUGCAGAGAUGCUGAAUCGCUCAUUGAAGAAGGGUGUCGAACCCAUCUCUUUGAGAGCCACUUCUCCCCGAUCUCCCGACAGCUCCAGAAACGAGUCCAACACCAUCUGCUCUGAUUGCGGGUAUAUUUGCUAUUUGACCGUCAGUCCCGUGGGAGCGACUGGAGGGAUGCGAACCAGCAACACGGUGGUGUCACACACGCGAGCUGCGCGUCGCUAAUCCGGUGUCUGUGUCUAAAGCUCUUCAUCUGUUGUCGACGCCGCUCUGUUCGCUCCCAGUUGUACGUCAGCGCGAUCCGUGAACCCGAGCCGGACU